AUGGAAGAUAUCAAAUUACUUCAACCAAAUGUUGAAAAUGAACAGGAUGAAAAGACUUCAAAAACUUCAGCUCAUAGAUUUACAAAUUGUCAAACAUUGCCUAUUGAAUUUCCAACUACAGAACAUAAUGAUACAGCAAUAGAGAACUCUGAAUUCGAUACUGAAGACGAUGAUAAUGCAUUAAAUGGAACUUAA